AUGGGAGAGCAGGGCACGAUUAAGCCGUCGGCGGUGAACCGGAGGUCGCCGCAGGCGACGGAGAAUAAAGGCGAGAGCCGCGACGAUGUCAGCGGAGGGGGUAGGGUGCACCGCCCGGUCGGGGAGUUCGCCGGGGGAACAGCGGCGGAGUGCGCGAUGGUGUGCUGCUGCUGCCCCUGCGCGGUGCUGGACUUCCUGGUGCUCGCAUUUUACCGGGUCCCGGUGGGGCUGUGCCGGAAGGCGUGGCGGAGGAGAAAGCAGAAGCUGCUGGUUAUGAAGAGGAGGAAGAUGGAGGAGGGCGCGACCACAGUUCCGGCGAGGACGGGGUCUCCGGCGAAGUCGGUUGCGCCGAUCGGAGAUGCCGAGGCGGUGUCUCGCAGACCUAGAGCCGCGAGCUCCCUUGAUUUCGAACGAGAAAUGUGGGGGCAGUUCUACGGCGCCGGGUUCUGGCGGAGCACGUCGGAGAGAGAUUCAUUGCCCUCCCACUCUUUUAGUAGGUUCUGA